UCUAGCAUUAUGGCUUUCACGAUGUGCCUUCUGUUCAAGGUCUAUCCAAGUUGCGAAAAGGUACCUUUGCAUGGCUAAUCAAUUGCAUGCUGGGAAAAAGCUCAACCUCAGCCAACUACUUCUAGGGUCUCUUUAUGAAAACCUUAGUGAAGCUGCAAACCUUACCAAGAAUUUCAAAUCUGGUAGUUUACUUUACGCUGGUCCUUUCUGGCUAUUGCAACUGUGGCUUAAUGCUACAUUCGAAACUCAUCUUCCCUUUCGAGGAGAUGUCAAUGAGGAGGAUAGCACAAUCAAAAAUCGAACUAUAGAGGGGACCAGGUUAGCUUACCUAACUCCAAAAGAGGAAAUGGGAAAGCUUCAUGAACAUUUCCUGGCGUAUUCGAUGAUGUUUGCUCGGCGUGACCAGUUCGAUCCUUCUAUGGCCCCAUUUGUACACAGAACAAUAGGUCCUGAAUGGUUUACUCGAAAAUUUCCACCAACAUCUCAGGAUCAACAAACUGAAUCUAUGGAAAUUUGGGAAGCCUUUCUGACUCCAAGAUUAUUUUCCCACCGUCUUCGACCAUCAAAGGGUCAAUGUAUCCUCAUGUGUUAUCAACCAAAUUUGGUCUCGAGACAGUUUGGGCUAACUCAAAUAACACCCAAGUGCUUAUAUGAGAAAAGGAACCAUAUGUGUUUCCACACUUUGUAUUUGACUGAAGAAGAAUGUGAACAAAAAAUCGACAAAUACGUUGACGUCACCAAUCUUUCUCCUAUUCCUUUUGAACCUUCUUUUUACUCUACACCAGAUUUUCAUCAAUGGUGGACAGAGUAUUAUAGCUCUCAAAUUUUUGAUGCUGAUAGCCUUGCUCAGGAACUAACUGCAGCUUUCAAUGAUGUGCAGGAGAACUUCCAAAAAGGUACUUCCACUCAUAUUAAAGAAAUCCAAGCUUUUCAAAAAUUCUUUGAAACUAUCUAUAGGCCUGAUGAUCUUAGUCGGACCGUUCGUGAGGCUGCAGUUACUUUGCGCGAAAAGUUUUCCGCCAAACUAAAUAAGUUGAAAUUGCCCUCGUAUGUUCGACCAGAACUACGUUAUGAAGUGGCUUUCAAACUCAAUCCUCCAAAAUUCCCCCCACUACCAAGUGCUGAUUUUGGUGUGGCUCUAAGUCCUCCUUUCCCAGACUGGUUCGUGUGUGGGAAUGCUCUCAAAAUUCUUCAAGAGAGUACCAAAAAACGCGCUGAACGAGUGGUUCCGACUAAGCAUACCUUGGAUACUUUCAAAGGACAUCUUCAUAUAGAUCUUAAACAUGUUCGUGUCCUGACUCCAAUACCUGAAGGUCUGGAUUAAGACAAUCUUUUCGACUGACUUAUCUUUUCUUUAUUGAUAUACUGAUUUCAGUCUCAACUACAGCUGUUGCACGAAGGAGGAAGAUUAAGGAAGCUUCUGCCCCAAAAGACUCUGGGACAUCUAAAAGCAAUAAACCAAGUGGGAGUGACUCCCUCGUCACUGAUAAGAAGCCCACGGUACAUACUUAUCUCAUACUCUCAAUCUUGUACAAUCUGUGAUUAGUACUCAUCUUUCUCAUUUUCCACUUGCCAGAGUUCGAAACCCCCAACGGGUUCGAAGCGUAAAGCUUCUUCGACCACUGGUUCGGAUGGCGAAGAUAAAUCCCCUCCUCAAACUAGACAAGGACAGAAGAAAAAACACAAAGCUGUUACCCCUUCAAGAAAAGGGAAAAAGGCAAGUCCUUCCAAAGCUGUUUCUCCUGGUGAUAAAGCGUCCUCUGAAGAGUCUCCUUUGAAAGCUGCUAGUAAUGCUUUCGUUGUGGAAAGCCAUAAUUCAAGUCCAGACAAUAUUCCACCCAAGGAUGAUGCUGGCACUGCUACUUCCGGUUUUAAAGACCCUGGCCUCACCAUUG